UUUGGUGACCUAGUGAGCAGGGCUAGAGGGCAGCUCCAGCUCUACUCAUCCCACCCCUGCCUCCCCUGGGCUCAUGCAGACAAAAGUAAUUAGGUUGACGCUUUAAUCACAGCUAGUUUUCACAGGGGCGGAUAUGUAAGAGGAAAGAAAGGCAGAAAUCCUGGGUACACAAGGUGCUGGCCUAGCUCACAGGCAUGCCUCCCUCUAGGACCCCCUCCACCCCCCACAGUUUGGUUCUCAGUAAUCUGCUGUUUUCUUGUCUCCCUCAGGACACUGGGUUCCCAAGGAGCCGCCCCAGGCUUAAUGAUUGUCCAGAAGGUGGCUAUAAAGGGAGCCUGGGAGGCUGGGUGGAGGAGGGAACAGAGAAAAACUUAACUCAGCAGAUCUGGACACUGUGACUGCUGCAAGCAAGAGCUGUGGUUAGAGACUGUGUUCUGGCUCCGAGGGCCUGCUGUUUACAACAAUGGCAGGUGGAGGCUAUGGCUAUUACCGUGCUGUGAUCUUCUCAGCCAUGUUUGGGGGCUACAGCCUGUACUACUUCAACCGCAAGACUUUCUCCUUUGUCAUGCCAUCAUUGGUGGAAGAGAUCCCGCUGGACAAAGAUGAUUUGGGGCUUAUCACCAGCAGCCAAUCUGCAGCCUAUGCUAUCAGCAAGUUUGUGAGUGGGGUGCUGUCUGACCAGAUGAGUGCUCGCUGGCUCUUCUCUUCUGGGCUGCUCCUGGUUGGCCUAGUCAAUAUCAUCUUUUCCUGGAGUGCCACAGUGCCUGUCUUUGCUGCUCUCUGGUUCCUUAAUGGACUGGCCCAGGGGCUGGGCUGGCCCCCAUGUGGGAAAGUCCUGCGAAAGUGGUUUGAGCCAUCUCAGUUUGGCACUUGGUGGGCCAUCCUGUCAACCAGCAUGAACCUGGCUGGAGGGCUGGGCCCUAUCCUGGCCACCAUCCUCGCCCAGAGCUACAGCUGGCGCAGCACACUGGCCCUGUCUGGGGCGCUGUGUGUGGUUGUCUCCUUCCUCUGUCUCCUGCUCAUCCACAAUGAACCUGCUGAUGUUGGACUCCGCAAUCUGGACCCCACCCCCUCCAAGGGCAAGAAGGGUUCUGCGAAGGAGGAGAGCACCCUACAGGAGCUGCUGCUUUCACCCUAUCUGUGGGUGCUCUCCACUGGCUACCUUGUAGUGUUUGGAGUAAAGACCUGCUGUACUGACUGGGGCCAGUUCUUCCUUAUCCAGGAGAAAGGACAGUCAGCCCUUGUGGGUAGCUCCUACAUGAGUGCCCUGGAGGUUGGGGGCCUUGUAGGCAGCAUUGCAGCUGGCUACCUGUCAGACCGGGCCAUGGCAAAGGCAGGGCUGUCCAUCUACGGGAACCCUCGACAUGGCCUGUUGCUGUUCAUGAUGGCUGGCAUGACAGUAUCCAUGUACCUCUUCAGAGUAACAGUGACCAGUGACUCUCCAAAGCUCUGGAUCCUGGUGCUGGGAGCUGUGUUUGGUUUCUCCUCUUAUGGUCCCAUUGCCUUGUUUGGAGUCAUAGCCAAUGAGAGUGCCCCUCCCAACUUGUGUGGUACCUCCCAUGCCAUUGUAGGACUUAUGGCCAAUGUGGGCGGUUUUCUGGCUGGGCUGCCCUUCAGCACCAUUGCCAAGCAUUACAGUUGGAGCACAGCCUUCUGGGUGGCUGAAGUGAUUUGUGCAGCAAGCACAGCUGCCUUCUUCCUCCUGCGAAACAUCUGUACAAAGAUGGGCCGGGUACCCAAGAAGGCGGAGUGAAAAGCGAGGCUCUGGAGUACCAUCCCACCUGUGGCCUUUCCCUGCACAUUGUAGGGGGAAGGAGGGACCGCUCAGCUAGCACUGAAUCUUUGACUUUCAGUUUCUAUACUUUUUCCCUUGCCCAGGUCAUACUGGAAGUUACCAGAGGCUAAUGAGGUCCCUGCUCCCCAUCCUAUGCUCUAUUUAAAAGAUAACUUUUGUUCUUGGCCUCUGUUAGCUCCUAUUUCCCGCCUUUAAACAAAUAGGGUGCUUCUGCAGAGAGCCUCCUAUGCCCUUCUUCCAUUCCUGGGCCCUAUCCUGUGCCCAUCCUACUCCAGCCCCAACUGAGGCUAUCCCUGCAGCUACAAGGCACUAAUGGUCUGUGACUUCUGCUUUGCCCCAUGUCCUCUUAACAGUGGACAGUUGCCAUUGCCAAUACCUCAGACUCCAGGGAAAGAGGACAUUAUUCUCAUUAAAACCCUGGACACAGUUGGGGGGUAUGGGUGGGAGGGUAAAACCACUUGUUAUAGAAGAUUAAAACUAGAUUUGAUACUAAACAC